UUUGCCUCAAAUUGGCCACACAACUUGUCAACAAAUUUCUUGGUGCAUUAUUCAGAUGUCGUCCAGUGAGUUUGACCGGUGCCGAGCAACUUUUACUCGAUACGCAUUCACUGAAGACGUUUCUCUUGUCGAUGCCAUCCGUGGAAUCGUCAAUCAGCACUAAACCACCGACUGUUUAUACGAAUGGAGUGGUUAAAACAAUGACAAAAGCAGAAAUGAUUCUGAAGAUGGUAAUGUCAGAGACGAACUCAGCAGAAGAUUUUGUGUCUGCAUAUUCGCGAUUGUUACCCGAGUCAGAUUCAUCGGAGCUGCAGAAAGUUCUCGAAAUGAAGGCGAUACGACGGCAAGAGCAAACGUCAAUCAUCCAGCUCUAUCGCACGCAAAUAGAAGGACAUUCGCCUGCAACUUCGAAUCUUAAUUCAGGUUUUGUUUGCCGCUUCCAACUUUUCUUAUUUAUUCAUUCAUUUAUCUAUCUAUUCAUUAAUUAA